CUACUUCCCAUGAGAAAUAGUUGGCAACACUCACUUCCUGGAUGUGAGAGCAGGAAACGGCAAAGGAGUAACGGUACCGCAGCGCUUUCUCUUUUGUCGGUUUAUCUUCAGAGCGGUUCUGAAACAAUGAGUAAAGUUGGACUUUAACUGGAUUGCGGUACUUCCAGUAAAUGAUGCAGGGUGCAAUUGCACGGGUUUGCAUUGUGGUGGCGGCUGCUAUCCUAAACCACCCACUGUUUUUCUCCAAUGAGAACACCACCAUCCCUGAGCAAGAUGAUGUCCUCCUGGCCAGGAUGAAAGAACACCAGGAAAAACUAGAGGCUGAACAACAGCGACUGGAACAGGAGAUCGCUAAUGUAGAACAAGCUUUGACUGGUGAUCAGGACAGUUAUGGCUGGUACUUCUGGAGUGCCCUCUGCCUUGUCAUUUUCCUCACGAUUGAGGUUUGCAGGCAGGAAAUAGUGCCUGCUGAAAUUCAUGACCCAGUGGAAGAUGAAGAUGGAUAUUCCAGUGCUGGAUAUCUCAGUGCUAAGGCUGUAGCCUUAGAUAAAGGUGUUCUAAAUAACUUUUGCAAGACCUGCUUUCUUCCUUUUGCCCACGAGAGUGGGAGAGUACGGGAAUUUGUCGAGGGAUUUGCAGAUGAUUUGCUCGAGGCUUUGAGAAGUGUUUGUGAUCGAGAGGCUGACUUGGAGGUUGAGGACUUUGUUGGUAUAGGCAGUGUAUUUGAAUCCUGGAGGGUGUGUAAGCCUGCCACGUGUGACCUCAUUGUCCCCUUUGCUCCCCCUCAGCCAUACAGGUUCCAGUUUCAGCUCUGGUGUGACCCCUCCACUGAUAACCCACUAGAUCUUCAAGGAUGUGGAAGGAUUCAAUUAAUAAAGCCAAAUGGGGACUGUCUAUGUGGCUCAACCAAUCUCGGUGAUGACAUGCUGUGUCUGCUUCACAAUAGAAAUGACUUUGAUAAGCUUGAUGAACUCACGUUAGAGGAACGCCUCUGCGCAAGGGACACUGCAUAUUUGUCAAAAGAUCAGAUCAUGAGAUGGUUCCAGAUCUCAGUGACCAAAGCAUGGGGACAGAUCUCUCAUAAGUAUGAUUUUGAGCUGGCCUUUCGGAACCUGGACUUUCCCGGAGCACUGCAAAUCAGAUUUAGGUCUGGAAAGACUGUCGUUCUUAACGUUACACCAGCCAUUCAGUUUGAAGACUCUAAUGCAUAUCUUAUCUCUCAUUUCCCCUCUGAUACUAGUAACUCCUCAGACAUUCACUGGCAACUCUCACUCACAGUUUAUGAAAGGAAUCUGCUAAAACACCUCCCUAAAAUACUUCCUACAAAUUCUUGUCACAUUUACUGUCUUCAGAUAGUGUCCUUCUUGCAUAAAAAGCAGACAGCUUUGACUGGGAGAAGUGCCCUAACAAAUUACCAUAUAAAGACUGCACUCUUACAUCUGCUAUUGAGUAAACCUCCUUCAACGUGGCAGCCACAAAAUCUUGAUCACAGAUUACAGGAUUUGCUCAGCUUCCUCCAAAAAAGCCUGGAGGAGAAGAGACUCUGUCAUGUCAUUGUCGGGAACCCUCGGGUCCCAAUUGAAAUUCAGAUUCCCAUAAUAUUUCGCACUGCAGAGCCAAUAAACCUAUUUAGGCCUCUUGUGUUGCAGAGGCAAAUAUACGCCAAAAUGGUGGAGCAUUUUCAGGAGAUAAUCAGAAAUACCUCUGUGCUUGUUCAAGAAUAUACUCCUCACUUGCCUAACGGUCACGCGGGCCAUGAACUCAACAGUCCAGAUGUAAGCUGACUCAUGGCUCUGAUGGGAGUUACUGGUUGAGUAAAAUGGUUUUGAAUGCUGGGGAUUUCUAAAAGCUAAUUACAUGAUUACGUUUUGCACUUUGAAUAUAAAUUGCAUGUUAAGCACUGAUUGUUACUAAUGCCACUAAUGUAAUACUAGUGUUAUUCAUCAUCUGUGUAUGGCAGCUGAUCUUUAUUACUAAGGAACCACGAGUAAUUACAGUGAAAUCUUUAUGUCAUGUCAUGUGAAACAUGUAAACCACAUAACAUUCUCACAGUAUUUGUCAAUAUUAUCAAGAACUAGGAUCUUACGUGUCAGCUGACAAAUGUAUUUUUACCCUCAAGAAUCUGGCCAUACCAAAGAGAUAAGGAAAAGAUAAUGACAUAUUCAUUCAUUCAUUUAAAAAAAAAAAAAGAAAUUCUCCCCUUUUCUCCCCAAUUUGGAAUGCCCAAUUCCCAAUGCGCUCUAAGUCCUCGUGGUGGUGUAGUGACUCGAUUCAAUCCGGGUGGCUGAGGACAAAUCUCAGUUGCCUCCACGUCUGAGACCUUCAAUCCGCGCAUCUUAUCACGUGGCUUGUUGAGCAUGUUACCGUGGAGAC